GUUUGACUGAAGGGAUCGGUGUUGACUGGAGUUCAGGCCAAACCUAUGAUGACGUCAGGGGAGGAAAUGGAACAUGGAGCCCGGGGUCCGGAGAAGAGCAGCAUACUCCGCGCUGGACGCGUUCUGACCGUCUGCACAGAUCGCACUUUGGGGCUCUGCGUUCCACAUUCUGCUUGGAUCCUUCGAAAAGCGCCGUUACCGUCGCGGUCGACAGCAGCAUUGAAGCCUAUGUGGAACAGUCGCAAAGUGAAAACCAACUUUACGCGUUCGGUUCUCAAGAAUGGUUUAUUGUUGGGCACGAGGAUAUUUCGCGUUUUUAUGGAAUCGUAGAAGAGCAACCGUCUAGAAAACCUUUGGAGGCCAAAUGUGCAAUGAGAUGAGCGCAGAGGAAAAGUUUUUUUGUGAUCAGAUUUUUUUGAGUUUGUGAGACUGUUAUUUUGGGAUGGUUGUAGCUGUCUCUUGGUGGAAGAGCGAGGUCUCUCCACUUCGACUGGAAACAAAGCAAAUGUAGAGACUUAAAGUGGAGCACCUUCGCGUAAAACAGUGGAAACUUGCUACAGAUCAACUGGAGAGGGCUUGUUGAGUUGUAAAAUGAAUCUUAUGGAAAACAAAGGAGGAUAUUCGACCGCUGCUUAAUGUGCGGAGCACAAAACCAUGAUAAAUCGACCCAUCUAAUGUUGCGUCGAGUCAAUAUUUUGACCAUGACUUAAAAGCAGUGCUGACCUGCGUCUCUGCUUGAUGGCUUUGGACGAAUUUGCGUCGUGUUUAGAUAUAAACAACAACAACAACAAAAGGCUUUCUGGGCUAUUUAUAUGCUAAUCUAACCCCCUCUUCUUGUGUGAAUCUCGGCGAAGGCAGGAGGGAUGUCUCUGGGCGCUUCUUGCGUCCUUUUACUGGCUUUCGUGCUGCUCAGGAGCUCGAGCUCCGCAGGAUCCACUGAAUGUAAAUCAUACGAUGAACGCUCCAGAAGUGCGGGGAAAAGCUCUCCGUCUGGGGCCACGCUGGACAGAAAAGUGGUCUGCAGCAACAUGGAGCUCCAUCAGGUGCCUUCACCCGAAUCAUUUCCCAACAGAACAGUCUCACUGAUUUUGAGUAACAAUAAAAUCCAGGAACUUCUGAAUGGCUCUUUCAUUGGUUUGUCAUCACUGGAACGACUUGACAUAAAGAACAACAUAAUCACACAUAUUGAACCGGGAGCUUUUUAUGGACUUUUCGCCCUCAAAAGACUAGACUUGUCCAAAAACCUGAUCGGCUGCCUCCAUGUGGACGUCUUCAAGGGCCUCACAAACCUUGUUAAACUGAACCUUUCGGAGAACAAGUUUUCUUCACUGUCUCAAGGGAUUUUUGACAGCCUCGGCUCUCUGAAAAUACUGGAGUUUGAUAGCCCUUAUCUUCUGUGCGACUGUAACCUGCAAUGGUUGGUGGUCUGGAUCAAAGAGAAGGCGAUAGGGGUGAAGGAGACUCGCUGCUCGUUCCCUCGCUCCCUACAGAGUCAGCUGAUAACCUCGCUCAGGCCUGAAACACUCACCUGUGACGCUCCUCUAGAGCUUCCCUCCUUCCAGAUGACUCCGUCCCAGCAUCAGAUCGUCUUCCAGGGAGACAGCCUGCCAUUUCAGUGCAUGGCCUCUUUCGUGGACGAGGACAUGCAGGUUCUGUGGUAUCAGGACGGGAAGAUGGUGGAGCCUGAUGUCACUCAGGGCAUCUACAUAGAGAAAAGCAUGGUGCAGAAUUGCUCUUUAAUAGCCAGCGCCUUGACCAUCUCCAACAUCCAGCCGGGAUUCACUGGGAACUGGGAGUGUCGUGUGCGCACCAGUCGAGGAAACAACACUAGGACGGUCCACAUCGUGGUUCUGGAGAGUUCUGCCAAAUACUGCUUGCCAGAUCGGGUGUCAAACAACAAGGGGGACUACAGAUGGCCUCGGACACUGGCUGGGAUUACAGCAUACUUGCCCUGUAAACGGCAGGUGAGCGGAGCUGGCAUUUACUCGGGCAGCUCGGCGGAAGAUCGGCGUGCGUGGAGGCGAUGUGGCCGCAGUGGACAGUGGGCAGAGGACGACUACUCGCACUGUGAAUAUAUGAAAGACGUCACGCGUGUGCUUUAUAUCAUCAACCAGAUGCCUCUGAAUCUGACCAAUGCUGUUCAGACGGCGCAGCAGCUGUUGGCUUACACCGCAGAGGCGCCCAACUUCUCUGACAAGGUGGAUGUGAUAUUUGUGGCGGAGAUGAUUGAAAAAAUCAGCAGGUUUGCGGAGAAGUAUAAAGAGCUGGGAGAUGUUAUGGUGGAUAUCUCCAGUAAUCUGAUGCUGGCUGAUGAGCGAGUGUUAUGGAUGGCUCAGAGGGAGGCGCGAGCUUGCUCACGUAUCGUUGAGUGCCUGCAGAGAAUUGCCCUUCUCCGAAUCAGUAACGGGGCUCUGACCUAUUCUACUAACUCUCACAACAUUGCUCUGGAGGCUCAUGCCAUCAAGGCCAGCAGCUUCAAUGGAAUGACCUGCACUCUGUUCCAGAAGCUCUUACAGGAGCGCACGCCCGUGGCCCAUUUCUCUCCCAGAGACCCCGACGUCAACCCGGAGCGCCAACUCAGCUUCAAAUGCAACGUGACCAGCAACCUGUCUGCACUGGCUCUCAAAAACACUGUAGUGGAGGCGUCUCUACAGCUUCCCCCGUCUCUCUUCUCGUCUCUGGGAAGCUCAGGUCAGGCCGAAGAAGCCGUUUAUAAGCUACAUCUGCUGGCCUUCCGCAACAGCAAACUCUUUCCUCCGACGGGCAACUCCACCCUCCUGAGCGACGGCAGUAAGAGGAGGAGUGUGGUCACACCUGUAAUCCUCACAAAGAUCGAGGGUUUCCCGCUGAAGAACCUACAGAGUCCAGUGAACGUGACCCUGCGGCGCUUCCUGCAUGGCUCGGACGCCGUUCCCGCCUUCUGGAACUUCAGUCUGCUGGGAGGACAGGGCGGCUGGCAGAGCGACGGCUGCCGGAUCCUCCAUCAGGACGACAACCUCACCACGAUGUCCUGCGAUUCACUGAACAACUACGCUUUACUGAUGGACCUGAACAGGACCGGGAACGACACGUACAGCUUCGAACCUCUUCACCCUGUUAUCUACGCCACCGCCAUCAUCCUGGUGCUCUGCCUGCUGUCAGUCAUAGUCAGUUAUAUCUACCACCACAAGUCGGUGCGUGUGAGUAAGAAGUGUUGGCACAUGCUGGUUAACCUGUGCUUGCAUUUUCUUCUCACCUGCGCUGUGUUUGUGGGUGGCAUCAACCAAACGUACAAUGCAAGCAUUUGUCAAGCGGUGGGAAUAGUGCUGCAUUACUCCACGCUGGCUUCGGCCUUGUGGUCCGGCGUAACAGCACGCAACAUCUACAAACAGGUGACGCGGAAGGCCAAACGCUACGAGGAGCUGGACGAGCCGCCGCCUCCACCCAGACCUAUGCUGAGAUUCUACUUAAUAGGUGGAGGCAUCCCGAUCAUUGUGUGUGGAAUAACAGCUGCUGCUAACAUCAAAAACUACGGCAGUCAAGCCAAUGCACCUUACUGCUGGAUGGCAUGGGAACCCAGUCUUGGUGCGUUUUAUGGUCCGGCAGCCUUCAUCGUUUUCGUGGACUGCAUGUACUUCCUCAGCAUCCUCGUUCAGCUCCGCCGGCACCCCGAGCGCCGCUUCGAGCUCAAGGAACAGUCUGAGGAGCAGCAGCACCUUUCUGUGGCUGAAGCAACCGAAAUCACACCGGCCCACCUGGAGUCCUCUUCCGCAGCGCAACCGGUCCCGAUGUCUGCUCUGGAGAACGAACAUACUUUUGUGGCCCAACUCAUCGGCGUUGCAGGGUCUCUUGCACUUUAUGUCGCUCUGUGGGUGUUUGGUGCUCUUGCUGUGUCCCAGGAGCAUCCGGCAGAUUUGGUGUUCACCUGCCUCUUCGGCGCCGCCGCUUUGGCUCUCGGGGCGUUUCUUGUGGCGCACCACUGCGUGAACCGUCAGGACAUGCGGCGUCAUUGGUCACGAGCUUGUUGCCUGGUCCGCCGUAACUUCACUGUAGAGGUCGAUUCCCUGCUGUUGCCUGUCGCCGGUGGCUCCGUCUCGACCGCAAGGGGAAACGGCGAAACUGCGAAGUGUCCAGCCAGCAGUGCUGAAUCCUCGUGCACUAAUAAGAGCGCACCGAGUGUCCGUAACUCCACCCAGGGCUGUAAACUGACCAAUCUUCAAGUGGAAGCGGCUCAAUGCAAAGCGGCCCCUUCUACGGCCAAUGGGACGGCGUUAUUGGACAACAGCUUGACUGAACAUUCAGUCGACAAUGAGAUUAAGAUGCAUGUCGCACCUUUUGAGGUCCAAUACCGCCCUAGUUCGGUCAACAACAACAAUCUUCCGGGAACGGGCAAUGCGAACAUUAACGGGCAUUCGGGGCGACACCUCAAGAACCGUGCGAGAGCACAUCGGGCCAGUAGGCUCACGGUUUUGCGUGAGUAUUCAUACGAUGUUCCCACCAGCGUGGAGGGCAGCGUGCAAAGCGUCCCGCACAAGCGCCACCAUCAUCACGAGAGCCUGCAGGCCCGUAACAGUCGACGGGCGGCGUAUUUGGCUUACCGGGAGCGCCAGCAGAGCCAACUUCAGCAGGACAGCAGCGACGCCAGCACCAGUGUGCCGCGUCGCUCGCGCCACCUCGCCAAAGGUGGAGGCGUCCGCCUGGGUAACAGUUUUGGGCACGGGCUCAGCAACAGCGUGGGGAACGGCGUCAGUAAUGGAGGCUUAGUCGGAGGAGGGGACGGAUCGGGGACCGACGUCACCAGCCAAACUAGAGAUUGUCAAAAACAGCCCCUCCCUGUUGAACUGGAGGUGCAGCCCAAGUCUUACGGGUUGAACUUAGCGUGCCAAAACGGACCUGCCAAGGACGCCGAGAGGCUACAGAAUUUGUCGCCCCUGAACGUGGAGAGUUCUGGGAAUAUUAAGACUGGCUUGUGGAAGCAUGAAACUGCUGUGUAGUGAGAUUCCCUGCUCAGAGACUACGAAUCUGACUUUUCCCUGUAACUGUGAAUCUCUAAUUUUAUGAUUUUGAUCCAAAUGGUACAGAUUCUAAAAACAGUUCCUGAAAGAAUUCGCGUUUUAAUGUCUAUGUGAGAAAAUACCUGCAAAUGCAUAUAGUUUACCACUUGGCCUCAUCAUAGUCAAUCUACAAAUGGUCUAUUUUUGUAUCCUUUCAGCUCAUUUUGUAUUUCAUUCUGACAUUUUGUAGGUGAAGAUGCAUGAUGUGCUGCCCUUUGAGUAUAUGUCGGCCGAAACCCUUAUAUUCCCAUGUUUAAAGAAGAGUGUGUUCAGUUGUGGCUGUCAAAUAAUGAAAAUAUCUCUUUACGCAGCCCACUAUAUCUCAUCUCUGGGUUCAAAGGUGAGUUCAUCAGAGAGUUUCCUCUUGGACUUGUGGUUUCAAGUAACUGGGAGCUUAUUUUAUGGUUUUGAUCUGAAUGGUACAGUUUGUAAAAAUAGUUCCUGAAAGAAUUGGCGUUUUAAUGUUUAUAUGCAAAAUGUAAAGAAAAUAAAAAAAAUUUAAACCUG